AUGAUGCUUCUUAACGAAUCAAAACAAACAUUUCAGUCAUCAUUGAACCACUGCAAUAACGAACUUUCCGGUAAUAUAACUGCGUCUCAACGUUUCCCGCCAAAGAGAAUGUCGUCACUUUAAUUCAACUUUUACUACCAUUGUAUACAAUUUCUAUAGAGUGUAUAGUUUCUACUAACUUUGUACCAAUAACAUCGUGUCAUAAAAAUGAAGCUUGACGUCUAGUAGCGGGAAAAAAAAUUUGAAUUAUAUACGAAUUGUAUUGAUUUAAUUAGAAAUUAGUAAGAAAUAACGCUGAUAAUAAUAGAAAUAUAUUAAAUACAAUAUUUUCCCAAACAGAUCGAGUUUAAUUACAAAAGUAAAAACAAAAUAAUACAUAAAAUGAUAGAAACUUCUGUAUUAUUGUAAGAUAAUAGGAAUUUCUGUAUUCUGUAUGUAACUUUAAAUAAAAAUUAUGAAAAUAUGUGUGCAAAUCAGAAUAAAAGAAGUAUAAUAUUAUAAAAUAAUAAUAUAAGAAGUAUAAUAUAAAAUAAUAAUAGUAAGACUGAUUCUUUUCUGAAUAUGUUAGUUUUUCAUAUUUUCGUAAAUGCAACUGAAAUAACAAGAUCUAAAAAAAUAUUUGUCUCAUUUACUUAAAAUGUUUACUUAAAAUAUUAUAACGAAUGUUAUUUCGACAUUCUUGUAUCUUUGCGAUUACAUAAAAACUCGCAAUCUAGCAAUUACAUGAAAUUUUACUUUAUUCGUGUGAUCCUAAAGGAAAAGAAUAAAAAUUGUAUUAUUUGUAUUUACUUUAUAUAUAUAUAUAAUUAUAAUUAUAAUUAUAUAUAAUUUAAUAUCAUAUUAUAUAUAUAUAAUAAUUAUAUAUAAUUAAAUAUUAUAUAAAAUACUACGACAAUUUUCUUCUGUAUAAAAGAACUGUCCACACUGCAAGUUACUAAUGUAACAAAUGCCUCUGCGCAAUACAUCUCUCCCCACCACCUGUUGCACAGGCCUUUAAAAUUUAAAUCGUCGUCGGUUAGAGUCAGUUGGUCCAAGUGCACGGUUUGAUGUGCAUCGUGCUUGUUAUGUGAUGAAUUUAAGUUUAUAUGCAGUUGUAACCUGUUGAUAUUACGCGCUAAUAUCUACAAUUUUUACCUCGCGAGCGAUAUAUUGGAUUCUAAUUCCAACACAUUAGUUGCAAUAUAUUUAAUGAAGAGGAAGUAGAAAUUACCCGUAAAAUGAGUGAUUCUGGAGAUAAUGUUAAGUACAAAUGGACCCCUGAAAGUACUUCGCUGUUAGUAUCAGUAUGGUCGGACAGACAAGUGCAAAAGCAACUUGAGUAUGCCCCAAAGCCGCAACUUGUUUGGGAAAGUGUUGCCCGAUAUAUGAAGAAGAAAGGGUACAAUGUUUCGGGCAAACAAUGUCGAUCUCGAAUGAAACAGGUCUUGGUAUGUUACCGCGAAGCCAAAAGAGCUGGCACUCGCGCUGGUGUAGAGCAAUACUAUGACUCAAUUGACAGAGUUCUUAAAAACAAACGUAUCGAAGAGAAUAAUAUUAUUGGCAUAGAUACCGUGGAUGCAACAGCAAAUGUUAAGUCUCCCCCGAAAGAAAUGAAAACAAAUAAAAAUUUGCAAAUGAGGCAUAAAUUUCAGGAGCCUGUACCAUCACUGUAUCGCACGGAAGCAUUAUCACCUACAUGGACAUUAGGACGUGAAAAUGAAUAUCCUGAUUCUCCUGAAUCUAAUGAAACUAUAAUAGCUCGUCCACAUAGAGUCUUUUCUCCUACAAGGGAUGUAGCUAUUAAUACAGGUGAACAAUUAAUUCAGAUAGCUGGUAAAUCAACACAGUGCAAUAUUUUUCCAGUAAAUGAAGAACCAUUAAGUGUCAAUUAUAAACAAAAUUUAGGAUCGAAUUUUAAUUAUGGAGAAAUGCCAUUUCAAAAUGCGGUACAAAAUGUGCAAAAUCAAAUAAUCCAGGAAAAUAUGCAGCAACAUCAAAAUCAGCAACAGAAUCAUAUGUGCAAUGGACAAAACCUGUUAAUGAAUAAUUUAAAUCUUCAGCAGAAUCUACAAAAUUUAAAUCAGGGUUUGACGCAAUCUGUAAAUUUGCCAAUGCAAGUUAAUUCAAUGACAAUGCAAAAUCCUAAUGUAGAACAUAUAAUUCAACAACAUAGUCAUUUGCAGCAAGUAAGACAUGCAAAUAAUCGUGCAAUGCCUCAAGAACCACAAAAAAUUACGUUAGAACAGACUUUGGCAAAUAUGUACAAACAGCAAUAUGGCGAUUUUCCAACUCAUAUGCCUGUUGCAGUUGAUGCAAAACAAAUUGGAUCUUUCUCUCCAGAUUAUUCGCCAGAUGUAUCUCAAAAUUUAAAUGAUGCUUUUUGUCAAUCAAAAAGUGAUGACAAAACACCUGAUAUAAAUGGAGCUUACAGUAGAACUAUACAGGCAAUAAAUCCAUUAAGAAUGCAAAAUCCUGAGAUUUCUGUGAUUACGAAUAACGCAACAUAUAAUGACGAUAGCUUGUUAGAAUUUCUGAUUGAAUCACCAACUCCAUCUGAAAAUGAUAAUAAAUCAAAAGAUACUGUCGUUAAUACAGAUAAUGUUCCACAUGUGCCAUUAAGAAAAAAGAAAGCUGAAAAAUUAGAACAAUUAAUGUUAAAUGCUAUUAAUUCUCAAAAUGAAGUUGUUAAUAAGAUCCUCAGUGCACAAAAUGAUAUGGUAACAAAGUUUUUAGAUAUAGAUAGAGAUCGCCAAAACAGACUCGAGAAUCGUUUAGACGAUCUAUUAAAAGUUGUUCAUGCUUCUAUCCUUACAAAACAAACUUCUGAAACAGAUGUUGAAAUACCUCCGCCACCACCAGAACCUGCAAUAACAUCCUUAGUACCUCCUCCAAGACCUGGUGUUGCACCUCCCAAAUUAGAUCUAGUUCCUCCAAAACCUUGUCGUGUACCUUGUACAAUACCAAAUUCUAAUAUUGAAUUAAUUAAUCAAAAUACUGUGAUAACAAGACCAGGUGUAGUAUCACCCAUAACUAGUCCAGUAAAGAAACCUGGUACUAUAUGGUCAAAAUUGGGACCAGUAUCACAAUCUCCUUUUGUGAAAGCUCAGCAACGAUUAGGUCUACAAACUGUUACAUCUGCAGAAACUCGAACUCAGUCAUCUGCGGAAAGACGUAUAGCCAAGGAAAUGGAGAAAGCUAUGGACAUAGAGACUUUAAUAUUUGAGACUGAGAAAUUCUUAGAAAUGGAGAGAAGACUAGAAGAAAAAAUAGAAAAUGCUCGUAUUGAAACAACAAUAAACCAGACUUUGCAUGCACGUAGAAAAUUAUUUACACAGAGAGAACCCACUCCAGCAAUGAUAUUAACUGCGGCAUUUUUAGACAAUGAAUGCCACGCUGCAGGACAACUUAUGAAUUACCCUAAUAUGCCAAGCAUAAAUAAAAAAAGCUUGAAAGAUAUUGAUGAUGAUUUAUUAGCGGGUCAAGGUGAAAGCUAUGAACGUUUACGGCAAUUAAAUAUAAAACCCACUUACGUAACUGGUGAACCUUGUGAUACAUCUACACCAGCAAAAAUAGGAACUAUGUCCAAUACUAAUGAAAAAGCAUCUGUACAAACGUUACCUAAGCAAAGAAUUCAACAGUUAGCUCAGCUUGUAAUGAAUACAGGAAGAUGGAAAGAUGUUGGAGGACAAAGUCUUGCACAUCCAGUUCAAUCAAAUACUCAGAAAUAUCAAAUGAAUACACAAAAUAUAUGUCCAGCUUUUUAUAACGAGAUAUUUACAACAGGACAACCUAGAACCUUGCCCAAAGAAAGUGAAACUAAAAAUGAUCAAAAUUAUGUUCAAGACUGGGUGUUAAAUAAAUAUAAAGAUCCAAUAAAUGAAAAACGAGCAACAUAUGGUCCCUCGAUCAAUAUAAUAAAUCAAAAACCUAACUUCCCUAUAGAUUUCACAAGACCAAAAACAAAUACUGAAAAUUUAAUGCAAAGAAAUUCCAACAAUGAGAUGAACAGACAUCUUGAAUUUAAUGGCAAUGUUAUGUCAGAUCGUAAACAAAGUGUACGUUUUAUGGAAGAUGAUGCAUUGGCUGAAUUACAACGUAUGUAUAUCGAAACAAUGUCUAAAGAACAACAAGCAAUGAAUGAUAGUAUGCCAUAUGUGUUGAGCAAUGUCAAUACGCUGCCAGUUGGGACUCAACAGAUGAUUGAAAAAUAUAUUCGUGAUAUAAUACCAAGAAAAUUAAAAGAAAAUAAAGACAAAGACACUGAUUCUGAUAAUGAUGAUGAAUUUUUAGAUACUACUACUAGUAUGCCUGCAAUUGUUCCGCGGCGAAGUUCUCUUACAUCAACUGGUACUGCAUCCACCGAAACUGCGCAUUCUAUAAAAUUUCCAAAACCAGAUAAUUGCGUAAUAAGUUAAUUAUAAAAAUAAUAAUAUAUUUUGCUUUCAUUUUAGAUAGAAAUAAUAUGAAAUGUUAAUAAACAUUUCUAACUAUUUCUGUAUUAAUAUCUGAAAAGAAAGUAAAAUAUUUUCUCAAUUUUCUACAACGAGUAAAUUCUAUUUUUAAAGUAUGAAAUACACUGCAUAUGUAUUUUCGUGCAAUAUAUUUCUUUUUCUAAAGAUUAUAAAAAAGGCAGAAUUAAAGAAAGGAACAAUAUUUUGGGCAAUUACAUAUAUAUUAUUGAAUACAUAUAUAUAUAUAUAGAAAAUUAUAUUACAUAUAUAUAUAUAUAUUGAAUAUAUAUAUAUAUAUUAAUUACAUAUUAUUAAAUAAUUUUUUUCGUGAGAAGAAUAAGUCAAUUUUCUUUUAACGCUUGAACGUUAUAUAUGUAUGUUAUUUUAACUAAUUAUAUAUCAAACUCUGCUAAGUGAAACCGUUACAAGUAUCAAAUAUUUUCUUUUUAUAUUUUUGCUUUUUAUGCUUUGACUAAAUUGCAAGUUAUGUCUUCCAUAGUAAUUAUUCUUGUUAAGCAUUAUUAAGUAAACCAAAUUGUUCAAAGAUUUUAUUAUUUUUUAUCAUGUACAUUACAUAUAAUUUGUUGCAACUUGUAUUAGUUUAAGCAGUUGAAUUACACAAUAUCAUUAUGUUCUUCUACAUUUUUAAUCCACGUUAAACUUUUGAUUCACUGAUAUGACCUGUAAAUAAUACAUCUUCAGGAGUUUUAAAUUUUAUAAAGAAGUUUAAUAAUGUUGAAAAUAAGUGGAUAAUUGAUGAUUGACUCUAACUUUGAAAAUGAAUAAUGCGGAGCUACUAUUCCUGCAAUAAAAUUAUAAAAUAUUAAAUUUUGCAUACAAUACAAGACUACAUAUUAAUAAUAUAAUGAAAAAUGAUGUUAACAAGAAACAUCGAAGCAGUUAUAAUACCAUUAUAAUUUUUGUUAAUAUAAAUAUAUUCAAAUUAAUUUGAAAUAUAAAAUAAAAAAUAUUUUUCCUUUUUCUCUAUAUCCUUAUAAAUGAAGUUUAUAGUGCAUAAGUCUCAUGUUUAUAUUUACACAAUGCUACAUUUGAUUAAUAAACUAUCUAGUAAAAAUUACUCUGACAUUAAUUUUUCCAUCUUUAAACAAUUUCACAAUUGAUUUAUAUUAAUUUUUUGAUUUAUACUUUUGAAACUGUAAUUACUAUAGGAAAUUGAUACACACACACACAACAUAAUUACUAUAUCCAAUUUACAAUGAUUAACAUACUGUCAAAAACAACAGAAUGUAUAUAAACACAUAUGUAUAUUUAAGAAUUAUUAAUGUUUCUAUUGAAUAAUGUUCCGAUAUUAAAUUAGAAAUCAUAAAUAUUGAAAAUGUUUGAUAAAAAUUAAUCAAUAUUUAUUAAGAUAAUUUUAUAUAAAUUGUUUUUCAUAAUACUAUACGAGUUAUUAAAAAAAAAAAGAUAUAAAAGAUUCAUCUUUCUUUCUACUCAAUUUUUCAAAAGUAUAUAACUCAUCUUUGAUAUAAGAACCAAAACAAAUACAGUAGAAUUAGAAUUAUUUAAAAUAGUAUAUCUGACUGCUUUUAAUAUUUCCGUUUAUUAGGUAUUCGUUCUAAAAAUAAUGUACAAAUAAAUAGUUCUAUGUAUAAUCAUUUAGAAUAAAAUUAUUGCAUGUUAAGAAUGUGAUUUGUAAAUAAUUAGUACAUGUAAGUGAAUUAUGUGUUCCUAAACAAAUGGACACAUUUACAAAAUAAUAAAAUAUUAUAAGAUGUUAUGAAUCGUAGCGUCAUUAAUUAUAGUAAAAAUAUUACUUUUUUAAGGUUCCUCAACAUAACCGCUGAAUAUUGGAAGGAUAUUAUCAUUUCCUUCUUUAUCACUUAUAUUUCUUACGAUAUAAUAAACGAAUGGUCGUGAGAUCGUAAAAUGUGUUUUGUAAUAACUCAUUUUCAGCAUAACGAUACCUGAAAUAGAAUUAUAGUAAACAUCAAAGUAUGAUUUAUAAAAAAAUAAUAGUAGUAACAAUAUAUAUAAAUAUUUAGAUUGAGCGGAUUUUAGUCGCUUUUAUGAUGCUGAUAACAUUAUAAAGAAAUGAAAAUUUCAAUAUCUUCUUUAGAGCAAAUAAGAGCAAAAAUAAUACUAUGCAUGUGUAACUUCUAAUGACUUAUAUUUUAAAAGAAAUAUCAAAUUAUCAAAUUAAUGUUUACUUGAUAUUUUACUUAACAAUAUGUUAGCAUAUGUUAAUUUAAAAAUAAAUUAAAUAUUAGAUGCAAAAGUAAUUAAAAUCAUUAGUUAUUAAAAAUUAUACAGAUUAAUGGAACUAGAAUAAUCUGGCAAAUACACUGAUUAACUGUCUUUCACGCUUUUUUGAUUAACUGUCUUUCAUUUAAUACAAUAUUUUUUAGAAGUCAUUGUAACAUAAAUUGUAACUCUGUGUAACAUUGUAACUAUAUGUAAUAUUAUUUUAAAAUGCAGAGUUUAUUUGCAGACAUAUAA